UUACACAGUAUAACAACUGUCCGGCUGGUCGCUCCCCAAAGGAGGGUGGGUUGGGCAGAUUGGUUCCGUUCUUCCAGAUACUGGAAAGUAGCGUGCCUCGGGAAUCCUUUCGUUCUCAGACUUUUGUCUGUCCAGUAUUUCUAAACUCCCAGUCCUGUGGUCCAAUGAUGCCUAACCAUUGAGAUUCUUUCUUCUUUCCUCUUUUUUUUUUUUGGUUCUGAAUUCUUUCUUGAGCUUAAAUUUGGAAGUCAAGGACUGUUUCCGCGAGGAACCGGGACAAAAACGCUCACUUCCGGCGGAGGGGUAGUGGCGAGAGCUCUCUGAUCCAGUAUGAAGGAGGCGGAGGAGGUGCUCUUGGGGAAGACACUGCCGCUCCCCCCCAAGCCGAGCCUGGGCCAGGAAUCAGGAUGGAGCCUUUCUGGAGGAGGCUUUGCUCAGGGCCUCAAAGACUUCCCGCCUGGUUCGAGCCCUGUCAUACUUGCUCUAAAGACCCUCCCCCAGGGCUUGGCCCUGGGCCCCUCGAGCGCCAGGAAACAGCACUUGGGGGUCUGGUGUGUCGGAGAGCCCCUGCAGCUCGGACUGCAUUGGGGACCUCUGGAAGUGGACUCCUUCUCGGAGGAGAAGGGCGAGGGAGUGAAGCCACCACACGAGCAGGAUCUGUCACUCGGCUGGUGGGGAGCCAUAUGCACCUCAAAGCAAAGUUCAGCUUGGAUCAGUUUGGUGCAACAAGGUAGGCUACAGAGUGAUGGAAAUGUGUCCCUGGUUUGGAUCAAUGAGGAGCUUCACCUGCAGGUGUACCAGAUUGUGCUGCCAGGCUCUGAGUUGCUGCUGUGCCCACAGUCUCCCUCCAAGAUCCUAAGAGUCAUGCACCCCAGACUAAAGGAAGAAGCAGCUGUAGUGGUGGUGGCAGAAGAGGAGUCUGCUAUACAGGAAGAAGUGGCCUCUCCACGAGAGGAUGCAGCAGAGUCUUGCACAGAUCCUGGUCAUGAGUCACCCCAUAGUAUCCAAGAAGAAAACACGAUAGGUUCUGGACCUAUGGCCCAGAAUCAACCUUUCAAGGAUAGCCAACUCCUUGGCCCGUUGCUUCAAGAUGACAGCAUGGAUAAGGAAUUCCUGCCACAGACACCACCUGAACCACAGGGCAACUCAGCUGCCCAGAAGAGCACAAAGAGCAAUGAAGCCAGUUUAUUAACUCCCAGAAGGACCCAGGUGCAAACCUGCCCAGCCAAGAACUUACAUGUCCCCAGCAAUGAAUGCCUAUCUACAGUAAAGAUCUCGGAGCCCAGAACCCAGCUCCCUAACUUGCCUGUACUGCUCUGCAGCCCUCCUGACCCAGAAGAAAGCUCCUCAAAGCAGGGGCGCCGAUACCAGUGUGGGGAGUGUGGCAAGGCAUUCCUGCAGCUAUGCCACCUCAAGAAACAUGCAUUUGUUCACAAAGACCACAAGCCCUUCCUGUGCACUGAGUGUGGCAAGAGUUACAGCUCAGAAGAAAGCUUCAAAGCCCACAUGCUGGGCCAUCGAGGGGUGAGGCCCUUCCCUUGUUCACAGUGUGACAAGGCUUAUGGUACCCGCAGAGACCUCAAAGAGCAUCAGGUGGUCCAUUCGGGUGCCCGGCCCUUUGUGUGUGAGCAGUGUGGCAAAGCCUUUGCUCGCCGACCUUCCUUGCGGCUACACCGGAAGACACACCAGAUGCCAGAUGCCCCUUCCCCAUGCCUAUGCCCAUGCCCAGUAUGUGGGCGGCUCCUGGCCACCCAGGGUUCACUGCAGAACCACAUGAGACUUCACACUGGAGAAAAGCCAUUCCUGUGCCCACACUGUGGGCGAGCAUUCCGCCAGCGGGGCAACCUCCGAGGACACUUGAGGCUGCACACAGGGGAGCGUCCUUAUCAAUGCCCACACUGUGCCAGUACUUUCCCCCAGCUUCCAGAGCUGCGGCGUCAUCUCAUUUCCCACACUGGUGAGGCCUACCUGUGCCCUGUGUGUGGGAAGGCCCUCCGAGACCCACAUACACUUCGUGCUCAUGAGCGCCUGCACUCGGGGGAGAGGCCCUUUCUGUGCCUCCAAUGUGGCCGAGCUUACACACUGGCUACCAAGCUGCGCCGUCACCUCAAGUCCCACAUGACAGACAAGCCAUACCGAUGCCCUGUCUGUGGCAUGGGCUAUGGCUUCCCUCAAAGCCUCAAGCGGCACCAGCUCAGUCACCAGCAUGGGGUUUCCUCCAGCCCUUCUCUGCCUCCUGCUGCCUCUGAGCCCACCAUGGUGCUCCUACAAAGUGAGCCAAAAUUGCUGGACACAUGCAGCCAGCAGGAAGUGCCCUCAGACGGGGGUAUUGUGGAGGUCACCAUCUCUGAGAACCAGGGAAAGUGCUUUGUGGUACCUGAGGAGCCCACCCCUAGACCAAACCUGGUGCUGAUCCAUAAGGAUAUGGGCUUUAAUGGCUGGGCUGAGGUGGUACAGGUAGAAGCAGGCACCUGACACCUUCACUGAGUCCACUCCCACCCCUACAGGAGCUCUCCAUAAAGACUUCUAGCAGAUUA